AUGUCCAAAAGAAAGGGUUCUAAGAUCAAGGCUUCUCCAUCGAUUGGGAAGACUAAAGAUUCAAGUCAAUUUUUGGAAGCAUUGAAAUUAUAUGAAGGAAAGCAGUAUAAAAAGUCACUAAAGAUUUUAGAGACGAUUUUAAAGAAGGAUAGUUCUAAUGUUGAUGCUUUAGCUUUGAAAGGUAUGAAUUUAAGUUCUACCGGUGAAAAGGAAGAUGCUGAGAUCUAUGUUAAUAAUGCCAUUAAAAAGAUCAACGGUACUUCUGCUUCACCAAUUGCUUGUCAUGUUCUUGGUAUUUAUAUGAGAUCUAACAAAAGAUAUAGCGAAUCUAUCAAAUGGUUUCAAUCUGCGUUAGACAAUGGGUCUUCGAACCAGCAAAUCUACAGAGAUUUAUCUACUUUACAAUCUCAAGUUGGCGACUUUAAAAGCGUAUUGAUCAGUAGAAGAAAAUAUUGGGAAUCUUUUAUGGGCUAUCGUGCCAAUUGGACUUCUUACGCGAUUGCCCAAGAUAUCAAUGGUGAAUUCCAACAAGCUGUCAACACCUUAUCUCAAUUUGAAAAAUUAUCUGAAGGUAAAUUGGGCGAAGCUGAGAUGUACGAAAACAAUGAAUGUCUAAUUUACAAGAAUGACAUUAUGUACAGGGCUGCUGGAUCUCAAAAAGAUAAGUUAGAAAAUGUCUUGAAACAUUUAAAUCAAAUUGAGCCAAAUGUUUUCGAUAAGUACAGUGUAUUGGAAAGAAAAGCUUCUAUUUAUAUGAAAAUCGGUGAACUGAAAGAAGCAGCAAAAGUUUACAGAACCUUAAUCAAGAGGAACCCAGACAACUUUAGUUAUUAUAAAUUAUUAGAAGUUGCAUUGGGUAUAACUGGUAACAAUCAAUUAAGAAAAGCUUUCUAUGAAAGAAUGGCCAAGUUUUAUCCUAGAUGCGAACCUCCUAAAUAUACACCAUUGACUUUUAUUACUGAUGAAGAUGAAUUAUCAAAAUAUCUAGAGAACUAUGUCAUCCCUCAGUUAGAGCGCGGUGUUCCAGCGACUUUCACCAACAUUAAACCAUUGUAUAAAAAGAGAGGCGCUAUAGUUCAAAAAUUAGCAGAAAAUAUCGUCACUAAAUAUUUCGACAACUUAGAUGCAAGUGCUAAUUCAGUUCAAUAUAUUUGGACUUUGUAUUUCUUGGCCCAACAUUUCCUAUUCGUAAAGCAGUUCCAAAAAGCACAAGAAUUUAUUGAAAAGGCUAUUGAACACACUCCAACUAUGGUUGAAUUCUAUAUCUUAAAGGGCCGUAUAAUGAAGCACUUAGGUUUAUUAUCAGAUGCAGCUGAUGUUCUAGAGGAGGGUAGAAAGAUCGACUUACAAGAUAGAUUUAUUAACUGUAAGACUGCCAAAUAUUAUUUAAGAGCCAAUAAUAUAGAAAAGGCUGUUGAAGUUGCUUCCUUAUUUACUAAGAAUGAUGACGCUGUAAAUGGUGUGAAGGACUUACACUUGGUAGAAGCUUCAUGGUUUAUUAUUGAACAGGCAGAAGCUUAUAACAGGUUACAUAUUGAUUCAAAGAAGAAAUUAUCCGAACUAAGAGCGUCAUUGGAAGCUGCGACCGAUGAAGAGGUUUCAGAAACUGAUUCUUCUAAAUCAGAAUUAAAAGAAUUGGAAUGGCAAACCGAAAAGUAUAGAGGUUUAGCUUUAAAGAGAUUUGUUGCUAUUUCUAAAUUCUAUAAACAAUUUGAAGAUGAUCAAUUAGAUUUCCACUCAUACUGUAUGAGAAAGGGUACACCAAGGGCGUAUUUGGAAAUGCUAGAUUGGGGUAAAACUAUUUACACUAAACCAAUAUAUGUUCGUGCUAUGAAUGGUGCCUCUAAGAUUAAUUUUGAAAUUUUCGAUGAACACGAAGAAUUGAAACUAAAGGAAGAUGAAAAUGAAUCUGGUGAGAUCAAGAAAAAGAACAAAAAAUCUAAGAAACAAUCUGCAAGCAUGAAUAAACGCAAAGAAGAAGAAAAAAAGAUUGUUAUGGCUUACCCAGCUAAUCAGGAUGAUGAUGUGUUUGGGGAGAAGUUAAUUCAAUCAAAAACUCAAAUUGAAGAUUUUAUGGAAACCUUCUACAACAGCUAUUCUAAACAAGUAAGCGAAGAAGAUAAAGAUCAUGUAUUAGAAUUUGAAGUUCAAUAUAGAAUGGGAAAAUUAGCUCUAUGUUUAGGUGCCUUGUCUAAAUACUCUAAAAUCCAUGGGACUAAAGCCGGAUUGACUGGUAGUAUGGCAAUCGUUUUAGCAUUGAGCACAAGAGAUUCAACAAAAUUUGAAACAAUAGCAAAAAAAGUUGCCACUAAAGGUUUAGAAACAGAUUUCUCAGUGUUACCAUUAUCUGAGGUAAAUAAUGAAGAAUACGAUUGGGUAACAUUUUUCAAAGACAAUUAUAACUGUGAAGAAUUAAAAGCUUUACUUUUCUUGAAGCAUUAUAAAGUUGGACAAUCUGAUAUGAUAAAAGAACUAAUCUUACAAAGAUUAUCUAACUGUGAGCCAUAUCUACAAAGUGAAAUUCUGCAAUAUGAAUUAUGA